AUGCUGCACGUUCGGGACAUUACGACUUGGCUACGUACCAUUGGUUCAGCCAUGCAGACGCAAAUGUAUCUUGCAGCUGCGGCCAGCCCACGGCGCCUGAACGCUUCCUGGAAUGUACUAAGCCCAGCCCGAGUCUUCCCCCAGUUCCAGAUUCUUUUGGCCAUCCGACAAAAUUCCAUCUAG